CGGCCCUGCGCCCCCAAGCCCGGCUCCCACUCGGUGCUGACUGGCACCGGUGCUGGUACUGCGUGUGAUGCUCGGCGGCGGUGCCGUGGCUCUUCCCAAAGCGGUGCUGAGCCCCGGCGCCGCGGGUCUGGGCUUUGUGAGGUGCCUGCAGCGGGAUUCACCGGGGUGUGAUGGUGGGACGGUGAUGGGCAGGCCGGGAGCUCAGCUGUGGGGCGGCUGGGUGAGGACAGGCCACCAGGUCUGUGCCAUGCCCAGUGCCACCCGUGGUCAUUAAUCCCUUCUGGCUCAGUGGCCAAACCGAUGCUGACGAGGCCCUUGGUGCCUGGUUGUGACCAGUUUCCUCUCCACUAACUCCUUGUGCAACCUCCUGCAUGUGCUGCUCUCCCGGAUGUGCCCGUAGCCUCUUCCCCGGGGGCAGGAGAGCCCUGGGGGAUGUGCCAGCCUUGUUGGGCAGCAGCAGUGACCCUGGAGGUGCCAUCUCUGCCUAGGCCCAUCUCCAGGCACCCUCUGCUGCCUCGGGAGCCGCUGUUGCUGCCAGUGCCAUCCCCAGCACCCCCCAGUCCCUCAAGCUGACUUACCCAGAGACCUUGGAUCGCAUCAAGGAGGAAUUCCAGUUCCUGCAGAACCAAUACCACAGUACUACGAGAUGUCCUAUGGCCUGAACAUCGAGAUGCACAAACAGACGGAGAUCGCCAAGCGGCUCAACGUGAUCUGCGCCCAGCUCAUCCCGUUCCUGUCUCAGGAGCACCAGCAGCAGGUGGUCCAGGCUGUGGAGCGAGCGAAGCAGGUGACUAUGACCGACCUGAACGCGGCCAUCGGGCACCAGCUGCAGACCCAGCACCUCUCGCACCACGCUCCCCCCAUCCCGCUGACCCCCCACCCCUCGGGAAUGCAGCCCACUGGCCUCGCUGGCAUCAGCAGUGCCUCGGGGCUGCUGGCACUCUCGGGGGCACUGGGGGCCCAGGCCCAGCUCCUCGCCAAGGAAGACCGAGGAGUCCAUGACUCAGAGCCCAGGGCCACAGACCGAGACCCCGGCCCCAGCUCCCUGGCGCUGUCGAACGGGGAGCGCGCGCGAGCCAUCGCCGAGUACCUGAGCGGCAGCAAGAAGAGGAAGGUGGAGGAGAAGGAAUUUGUUACAGACUAUGGCAGCGAUGCAGACAAAAGUGAGGACAACUUGGUGGUGGAUGAGGACCCCUCUUCCCCGCACAGCGUCCACUCCUACUCGUCCCGGGAGAACGGUGUGGAGAAGGUCCCACUGGGCAGGAAGGAGGCCAUGCCCCUCAGUCCCACCUCCAUGGCUUCCUCCAGCAGCACGUCCCCGUCUCGGAGCAAGGAUGCGCCCACGGUGGAGAAGGCAGGAACACCCAGCCUGAAGUCCAGCACCCCAACUUCCCAGGGUGACACCCUGCCAGGCUCCAGCAGUGCCCAGCAGUUUCGCCCAGCUGCUGCCAAGGUUCCUGUGGACCCCCUGGCCCUGGGCCUGAGGAAUCCGCUGGGAGUGCAGAGCCCCUACUCGGCCGCCUUUGGCUUGGCCCACCCUGCGGUCAACGGGGACGUGGCCGGGAGCGGCGCCUACGCCAGCCUCCACCUCAUGUCCCCGCAGCUCAACGGGGCUGCGGCCGCCGUGGGAGCCGGCGGCUACGGGCGCUCGCCCCUGGUGGGCUACGACCCGCACCCCCACAUGCGCGUCCCAGGGCUGGUGACCGGCAUGCAAGUGGGGACCUCGGGCAAGCCGUAAGUGGAACUGGGCUGGAUGAGGAGGGGAUGUGGUGGCUGGGCUGGGGGAGGGGGUGUGGUGGCUGGUGGGGGUGAAUUUGGGCUGUGUGGAAAAGCUGGGAGCAGCAGGGAUGGGGAGCACAGCCUGUGGGAAAGCUGGGUUGUGGUGUGCCCAGCUGGCAUCGCUGGGUGUGUUCUGCACAUGGCUCUGACUCCAGACUGUGCUGCCUCUGUUGGACCUGCGUGGCACCAGCCCCUGUCCACGCAGGAUUCUGCUCUGCUUCUCACUGCUCUGCUCCCUUGCAGUGC